UUUAAUAUGUUAUUACGCACGGCGAGAGAUAUUUUGGGCGGUCUCUCGCUGUCGGCGGCGUGGCGACUUAUCUCACCGACAAGGGCUUCUAUGUAAAACUGAGGCAAAACUAAAACAGAUGAAACUCAGAGCACAUUCACAAAAAAAUGCUGCCAAUUUUGAUGGCUCCAGAAGACGCGGAAUCCACGGGAGAAACACGCGCCUGCACAUGCGGUCUAUUCUUUAUUUGAGUUAUUUAAAGUAAGCCUGUCGAUGCUUGUAAUCAGAGUGCUACAUUGCAUAGUGAUUUGUCUGGCUAUAUUUUAUUGAUUAAGUUACAAUAUAAUAUUAUAAUACUUUUGCGCGAUAUUAAUUAAGGCAGUGCUGUCGGUUUUCAAUAGUGCCUUUUUUUGUGUAGAAAUGAGGAAUCCACAUCUACUCAGCGAUGGCUGGAAGACAAUCAAUGCAAAGGAUUCAACUGGGAAUAAAAAGUUUAAACGGAAAGGUCGGGACCCCAAACGUGUCACCAGUGAUGAAGUCAACCAUUUCCAAUAUGAUUCAAUAAUGGACGACGAAUCUAUGGGGGAACUGAUGGAAGAGACAUGUAAAAACAUUGUCCAAAAAAGACUACAGGACCCUGGUUCAGUUCUAUCUGUGGAGAAAUCCAUUAUUUCAUCAGGAAACCCGAAUACUGCUCUUGACAUGAGGAUAAAUGCUUUACCAUCAACAGUUACUGGGAAGCUCCCAUCAUCACAGUCACAGCCUUUAUCCGAGUCAACACCGACAAGCAGAGACUCUUUUCUCAGCACAUUCCCGCAUGUUACAAGUUAUGGCCAUCAACAGACAUUUGGGACUGAUCACACAUUACAGUCCCGGAUCGUCCUGUGCCAGCGCUCCGAGAAGUCCCUCUCCUCAGCCUCUCAGACAGCCUACAUCAAUCGCAGCGACCCGGUUGAAUCGCCAAAGAAACGGCUAGGAGAAACGUCUGGCGUCGUCACUGAGAUCAAAGCCGUUCAGCAGACACGGAGGCUACUGGCGAAUGCCAGAGAGAGGACCCGGGUGCAUACCAUCAGUGCAGCCUUUGAGGCGCUGAGAAAGCAGGUGCCCUGCUACUCCUAUGGACAGAAGUUGUCAAAGCUGGCUAUAUUAAGAAUCGCCUGUAACUACAUCCUGUCGCUAGCUCAGCUGGCAGACCUGGACUACACCCCAGAUCACGGCAACAUAAGCUUCAGAGAGUGCGUGGAGCAGUGCACCCGCACCCUGCAGGCCGAGGGACGCUCCAAGAAGAGAAAGGAGUAAAAAAUUCUCACAGCAUCGGUGGCGUGAGCCAGGCUUUAUAACAAGGCCCUUGAACAAAAGAAAUUCUUUACAGCUCUGUUAUUGAGGUUAUUCAAGGUCACUCCUGGGGGAGACUACAACCAGUCACUUGGACAUACAGUAUGAUGGACCUAAUUUCAUAGGCCUACUUGAUACCUGUUGAGCUAGCAGAAAUAUCAAGAAUCUCCAGUUAUGGAUAUGUUUCUGCCCGUCGUGAGUUGGAAUGAAUCUCAUUCGGUUGAUGUUUGAACAGUUAAAAGUGGGAGACAGCAUUGAUGUUCUUUAAGCAAACAAGAAAACAUGUCUGGUGGAUGAAAUCAGAUUGUUCAAUCAUAUGACAAUUGGAGGCAGAGACAGCAGUGACUAUAACCAUUCAUAACAGUGAUUAUAAGUUUUAUUCAACUAUGAACCCCGAUGCCUUUUCAAUGACAUACAGGUUGUUGUUUUUCUUUAUAGUAUGAUUGGUCAUUUCUGCUUGAUGGAAGCUAACUAGUGAAAGCGCUAGUAGCAUAUAUUUGAUUACAAGAUAACUUAAAAUUACAUAGCAAUGGUAUUUUAUUCAGCAACUGUUUUUAUGUGUUGAAAUAUGAAUUAAGUUACAUGGGUUAUUGUCUGCUACCUGAGCUCAGUAUUUUUUAAAUAUCCCAGAUUGACACAUUUAAAAGUGACCUCCCUUUCAGCUGGCCUUUUCUAAUGACAAAUCUCUGACUGUUGUGUGCUAAUCAAGCACUUUUUAACCAAAAAUAAAGGAACUGUUAUUAAUUUAUUUGAAUGGAUAUGCAUGAUCAUUAAACACCUCUAACAUCUUUAAAUCAUUAUCUCAAGUACUGCCAACCUAAAUCUCACACAACAAUCACACGCUACACCUUUAAACAGCUUAUAGCAGCUGUCAAGCUUCCCUCAAAACAAAGUUGUAAUUAUGACUAGGAUCAUGAAAGAAAGUCAUUUCAUUUUCUAUCUGAAUCUACCUCGUGUAUAUGUGUCUAAAUCUUGAGGUGUUCAUGUGUUGUGUUCUCUUAAUCCUAGACUACAAUACGUAUUUUUGAGGCACGUCAUAGAAAGGACUUGUCAAGAUCACCACUGUUGGUGGCCUACAAGAUAAUCAAUCAGUAUUUUCCAGUACAUUUAAUAGAAUUUGGUGACAGCUCAAAAAUGUGUAAUGGUAAUUUGUAUAGUCUAUUUGCAUAGGAUACUGGAUCCAAAGGUCAACAGAGAGGAUUGAAUGAUGUUGUUCUGCAUUACAUUACCUUGUGCCUUUUCAACAAAGUACUUUCUUUACAUUAACAAGUUACAAAUAUUAAAAUAACUUACUUUUCUAAAAGGGAACAUAAGUCACGAUGUAAUUGCAAAUAUAUUUAAUAGAUUAACUGAAUUAUUCUGUAAUAAAGGGCCCAUGUGCUGUAUUAUCAA